AUGAACCUCUCUCAUGAAACUAAUAACAAAACAAGCAAGAAUAGUACACCAGAAUCUGAAUACGAUGAAGUGAUAUGGGACGAAGAAGCAUUGGCCAUCAUAGAUCAAAUACAAGCUGAUUUUAUCUCGAAACAAGCUCAAGCUACAUCAAAUCCCGUCAAGAAAGAGCUAUCAAAUUCACAUCCAAUCACGCCGCCCACUCAUCUGAUAAUCGAAUGUGAACCCGAGACAAGCACAACUGAUUUGAACAGUGCUAUAGUAGCUCCUUCUAUCAAUCCGACUAUGAAAUCAAUGAACAACUCUCUCUGGAACUCUAGCACAAGUCUCUAUCAAAGAUAUCGCGCCAGACGUGGUUUUCUAUCAGCCUGGUGUGAGACUCAAGUAGAAUAUGGGCUACUAGGUAAAAGAUACCUGCCACCAAAAAGUAGACCAAAAUCGAUCAUCACUCGUGCAGGGACGGAAAUCAAAAUCAAUUCAGACGCAAUGUUCACGCGUCAAAAAGUUUUGGAUGGUGGUACAGCUGUUCAUACUAAGUUGGAAAAAGAAAUCGUACCUGACAAAAUCCCGAUCAGAACUGUUUCAGCUGUUGACAUUUGGGGAUUGAAAAUAUUGAAUACCAUCAUCAAUCUAGAUAUACUCCGCGAUACUGGUAUCACGUGGGGCUUCGUCGGUGACUUUCUCGUCUUAGGGAUAAUCGAUCAACUUGAACUCGACCCCAAGCCACAAUACAUUGAACCGCGUGAUCCUACUCGAGUAGGUCGCACACUGGAUGACUUCUUCUCGCCAUCCUCUAAUACACAAUCUCAACCACAGAAAAGUGUACAGAAUGAGCAACCGGGCCCAUCAUACCCUGUGGUCAUGAUUAGCGAUAACAAGACAAGGCCAGAUACAAGCUUACCGCCGUCUCUGUUCACCGAAUCCACUCGCUUUCAGUUGAUGCUGUAUAAAUUGCUAUAUGAUCAAUUAUCAACACGAUCACUCGAUUUUACUAAACUAUGUGAUCGACUUCAACUUGAUGAGAAUGAAACUUUUAGCGCUGAAUUCAUAGAACAGAUCCUACCACUCACACAAGGCAAGGAUGAAUUACCAAUGAACCUGAGACAGAUGUAUGAUUUGCUCUUAAGAGAAAUGUCAAAGUUGAGUGGUGGAAAUAAGUCCAGUGACACGUUGGAAAUCGUAUAUCGUACAAGAGAGACAAGUCGAAAGAAACCAAAACAAUUAGAACUGAGGAUGGCACCCAACGAGAAGGCUAAAGUUGUUUUACCUAGAACCCAAGCUGAGGAAGAGGAACAAAUAGCUCGAGCGAUCUCAAACUCAUUAGCCGAUUCGAAAAUCGCUGUUCCUGAUGAAGGCCAAGUGAAAAGCACGAAUCAGACUGAAAGCACUCUAGCUACAGAUGUUAAACCAACGAGCAAACCUUCGGAAUCACUCCAAAAAGAAGAUUGUAGAAACACUAACUUGAACCAACCCGAAGUUGAGACCAACUCAAUUGAAAAAGAAGAGGUGCUGCCAUCAUCCGGCUCAAAAUCUGAAGUAGCCGAACCGAGAGUGUCAUACAAAAGGAAAGAAAAAGGUUUAAUUGCGUCUGUCUUAUUAGGAUAUGAUCGUCGCCUAUUAGACAAUUUUCUCGAAAGUGCUCUGUCCUUCUGGAAUGGCGAACGAGAACCUGCCGGUGUACCUGUCACUGAGAUUGAUCGAUGUAGGCAAGUGACUUUCUUCAUUCUUUUUAACAUCUUGUUUGGAGAUGCGGAAGAGAGCAGCCAUUUGACUCGAAGUGGGCUAAUGUCAAAUUGCAACGGAUAUGAAUUUUCCUAG